AUGCCACCAUCCCCAGCAAAACGUCGCAAGACGUCACCAACGACUUCUGUUGCUGCUGUCAGUCUUGAAGAGUCAGAAUCCAGAAGCCAGCCCCGUACCUCGACUUCGGGUCGUGCCUCAUACCAGUCUCCCACCAAAUCAUCUCUCUCGCGAUCCCAUCCAACGAUACUCGCUCGCUCGCCUGGUAGACGAAGCUCCCAAGGAAGAGCAAAGGGACUGCGAGACGAUAUAUUGCUAGGGAAGACGGUCAUAGAAAGCCCAGGGAACCCACAUCCCAUAUCUACGCCAAAUCCAGCUCAGAAACACGAUGAAGGGGUCAGAGGCGAUACGGUUGGCUCUCCAGCAGGUCCGAGGACAACCCCUCCGACUUUGCAGAGCCCUCCAACAGAAGUCGGUUGUCCCUUUGCACAUUCAGCCCAAGCGCCCGACUCGCAGCGCUCACCGCUGAGACCACGACAACCUACAGUUCGCAGUCAGGGUGCCAGUCCGACAAAGCCUCGUGUAGUUCCUGCGAGUUUGCCAUCCUCGAAGCUCCCAGUUGCCAACCCCCAAAGUCACGGCUUCCCUGCUAGACAGAUCGACGCGACAGAGCCUGAGCUCCCGCCAACCCCAACACAACUAGGUUUGUCGCCAAAACCCGAUCGCCCUCGGGGCUUAGCAGCCAGCAGCAGCCCAAGUAGUCGUGGGUCAAGGCGUGAUCGGCUGAGGAGCGGACAGUUAGAGACCAGCAGCCCUUUAAAGCCAAAAGGGAAAAUGUUGCCAGCGAGGACAGAAGAAAUGCUUGGAGACACGCCGGAUGCCAUGCUUGCCGGAGAAACACCCGAAAGUGAUGUUGAGCGGCGGGAGAAUGGACCACCUCCUGAACACGAAACCCAGCGUCCAAGAGACGACAACGAAGUGCCAGCAGAUACUGUCGAAAAGCGCAAAGUACGUAAUGAUCUGCAGACUCAGCUUACUCGUCUACAGGAGGAAUUGGCACAAUUAGAAAGUGCCCUUGAUGGCGGAGAAGACGCAGAGGAUGACCUUGAUCCGGAAGUCCUAGCUCUUCUCUCUACACCAAACAUUUCCUGUGACCCUGGCUUCCCAGAUGCGUACGCGCGCCCCUCCUUGCCUAGUAUCAGGGAUCCAGUAAAUCUGGACGUUAAUCCUCUCGCGUUCCUCAGAGCCUUUGCACCUGGCGACUUGCGUCUUGUUACCACAACCAAAUCUUCCUCUAUGAGAGGCGAAUUGCAUCAAGUGCACACCAUCAACAUUUCCGCACCACCGCCCUGGCCCCCCCACGUCUUCAACGCAACCUUCAGAGUGAGCUGCGACAUCGAAGCCAAGAGCAUCGUCUCCAUCAGAGGUGCCGACAUCCGACCACGCCACGGCGCCGGCAUCAAAGAACUUCGCCACUGGAUGGAAGCUCGUCUGAAAAACCCGCUCCACAAAUUCGACGCUGGAACCCUCAUUUGGGGCUUAGGGAUGUGGUGGAAAACAGCCGUCACCCGCGCCCAAUUCUUCCAUCACAUUGACACCAUGAAAAUCGCUACCAAGACACCUGAGCCACAGGCUCCCUACAUGCCAGAUGAAGCAGUCAAAGCAACAGACGUCCAAGCUCUGAUCCCAUACAUCGGUAAAUCCUUCGUCGAGCUCAUCCCCGCAGAACCAUACCCCAUCCGCGCUUCAACGAAUGAAGCAAGGAAAUACAUACAGCCCCGUCUCCUGCUGAAAUGGGAUUUAGUGCUUGAUUGGGCGGGUGAGGUGCACACGGAAAUUGAUGUUGCGGGGACCAAGGUUAGUGCGAAGGGGCAGGAAGGUCUGAAGAAAAUCUUUCCAGAGUUGAUGAGGAGGAGUGGGCUAGAUGGGGCGGUUAAACAGGUUGUGCAAAUUUGUAUGGGUGGAAGUGGGAAGAAGAGGAAGAUAUAUUGA